AGUAAUAAUAACAAUAAUUCGUCGUUUACUACUGCUACUACUACUCCUCCACUCCCUCCCACCGCAUCACCAUCUUCUUCCUCACCCUCUCCCUCCCCAUCUCAUCAUCCUUGUCCUACUCUUUCUCUCUCUUAUUUAUCUUCCAUUUCUCUCCCUUUACUUUUCCCCAUACCAUCCCCUGUUUACCCCCAUCAGCCUUAACCCUCAUCCCGUGUUCUUACAUUCUCCGAUCGUUUUGGUAGAACGACCUCCAUCAUUGAGUUGUGGUGGAUCCGUGGCAGCCGUUGUUUCUCUUGAGCCUCUGUUUGAGCAUAUUCAGGUAGGAUUCCCACAGGUUGUUUUGAGAAAAAGAGGAAAUUUAUUUUUCUUCAAGGAAAAUGUUGGGAGGAGACAAUGGUAAUCCUUUGCUUCCUGCUUUCCUGGAUGAGAAUCGUUUCCCGUAUCAGGCUAAUGCAUCAAAUCAGCUGCAGUUAUUUGGCAGUCUGCCAGCUGGAUGUAAUGCCGAUCCAGUAAAUUAUUUUGGAAAUGAGCAUAUUACUCCUAUUAUUCGGCCAAGCAAACGAGGCAGGGAAAUGGAAGAUAUCUCAAGGCAGCAAAAACUUCAGAUAUCCUUGAAUUAUAAUCCCUGUCAAGAUGAAGCUGAUCGUUCAGCAAGCAUUCCGAACCCAUACCCGGUAUCAACAGGGCUAAGGCUAUCAUAUGAUGAUGAUGAGCGUAACUCAUCAGUUACUUCUGCUAGUGGAAGUAUGACGGCUACACCUUCAAUCAUCUUGUCCCUUGGUGAAAAUAUUAGAACUGAGCUUGAUAGGCAGAAAGAAGAAUUUGACCAUUUUAUCAAAAUUCAGGAGGAACAGUUGGCAAAGGGGGUGAGGGACAUGAAGCAGAAACACAUUGCUUCUUUCCUUACUGCUAUAGAGAAAGGUGUAAGCAAAAAGCUACGGGAGAAAGACAUUGAGAUAGAGAACAUGAACCGUAAGAACAGGGAACUGGUAGAGAGAAUAAAGCAGGUAGCAAUGGAAGCCCAGAAUUGGCACUAUAGAGCAAAGUACAAUGAAUCAAUUGUUAAUGUCUUGAAGAGCAACCUCCAGCAGGCAAUUUCACAGGGUGCUGAACAAGGGAAGGAAGGAUUUGGAGACAGUGAAGUCGAUGACACUGCCUCGUAUAUCGACCCAAACAACUUGCUGAGCAUUCCAGGUGGACCUGCAAAAUCAUUUCCCAGGAAUAACCUAGGGUUGAAAGAGCACGUUGCUUGUAGAGCAUGCAAGGCAAAGGAGGUCUCCAUGUUGUUGAUGCCUUGUCGGCACCUGUGUUUAUGCAAGGACUGUGAGGGGUUGGUUAGUGUUUGUCCUGUAUGCCAGUUGAUGAAAACUGGCAGUGUCCAAGUGUUUCUAUCCUAAUUUAUGAAAGCAUAUUUCCAUACAAAAUGAAAAAUCAUUUACUCUUGUUACAUGUAUAUCUCAAAAUUAUUAAUCAUGAAAAGGAAACCGUGUGAUUUAUGUA